CAAACUGAAGAAAAAAUAUUAAUUGUAUUAUGUCUGUUUACUUCGCUGUGAACAAUAAUAGCUAUGUGGUGGGCAAAAUCGUUAGAUAUCACGACUAGGCGAAUAUCAGGGACGUUUCACGUAUAACGUUAGCCUAAACAUGGCGGAUCAAAUUGUCAACAUCACAGUCCAGAAGUCGAUUAUAAGAUAAUAUCGUUCGCCUUUUCAUCGCGUCUUAAAAUAUUUAUGCUGUUUGUUUUUUUUUAGGAAAAUUAAGGUCUAUAAAUUGCACAAUUAAUAAAUACUGUAAAAUCGCGACGAACACAUAUAUAGGCCUACCUUACUGCAGUCUGUCAGUUGUAUUGGGAAUUUUCACACUAAGUCAUUGGCAGGAGCUGGAUGCGAUUCAAACUCGUGUGCUGGAAAUGGACGAGUCUGACAUGCAGUAUGAGGUAGAGAGACCGUUUCCCUACAGCCCUCAGGCAGGAUUAUUCUUCAGUAUGAACCAUGAGGAGAAAAUAGAUUCUGAUAGGAGAUCUAUCUAUGUGGGGAAUGUGGAUUAUGGAGCAACUGCAGAUGAACUGGAGAUGUACUUCAAUGGCUGUGGCCACGUUAACAGAGUUACAAUCCCGUAUAAUAGAUUCACAGGCCAUCCAAAGGGUUUUGCCUACAUUGAGUUCUCAGAGAGGGAGUCUGUGAGGAAUGCCAUGACUUUAGAUGAAACACUAUUCAGAGGACGUGUCAUUAAGGUAUUGCCAAAAAGAACAAACAUUCCAGGUUUCAGGACUACAGACACAUACUCGCGAGGAGGUUGGUCCCGAGGACGAGGUUUCCGUGCCUCGAGAUUUUACAACCCGUUCAGGGGCUGCCACUUCAUUAGGGAAAAUGGAAGAGCUGAUCCUUGGGUUGAUUCUUUUUGAUAUUGAAUUUUGACUUUUCUGUUAUCUUCAAAGCACUUCUUGGUGCUGAUUAAGGGAUGUUUCAGUAUUUGCAUGACGGGAGCUCAGUUAUUAUUUU